AUGCAGUUGGCCUUGCAGACGCCGGCCUGGGUACAGUCCUCCACGCCAGCCUGGGUGCAGAACGGCGCGAACCAGCUCAGCCAAGUAUCUUGGAGUCGGACCACGCGCUUCCGCGUCUUCUUCGCCAUCCUCGCCCUCAGCUUCGUAUACACGCUUUCCACAUUUAUUUGGGAGAACGACUCGAACGAGUGGGAGGACGGCGCGAUCCCGAUAUCUUAUGUCGACAAGAACUGGGAGCCGUACACGCCCGCAGAGCAGCUCGAGGAUGACCCCAACGCCCCGUACAUCUUCUCACCGCUGAACGACAACUUCUACCUCCCCAUCCGUCCUUCAUCGCAACCCGACCAAGCGGCGCUGGCGCCCAGUUGGACACAACCGCCACAGUCAUGCCUGGACGAGAUUGUGGGGAGCGGCACGGACUGCACCGGCGGGUGGCAGGCCGAGAAGAAGCUCGACUUUGUGUGGACCUGGGUCAACAGCAGCGACCCCGUGUGGGCUGAGGCGCGCGCCGCCAUCAGCGCACAGCUGCUCGGGAAGCCCAAGGUAAAGGUGGACCCCGAAGCGGCCAUGGCACAUUUUCGGAACUACGACGAGCUGCGACACUCGAUACGCAGCGUACUCAUGCACUUUCAGCCGUACGCACGGCAGUUCAACAUUCUUGCUUCCGACUUUGCGCCCCCAGGCGAGCGCCUCUCUUCCCCGCUACGGCUGGGCCAAGCCCCGCAAUGGCUCGACUCUUCCCGCGAUCCAGUGGAGUGGCAGCAUAACGACGUCCAGAUGAAAGUCCACCAUCACGUCGACUUCUUCAGGCCGUACUUCGAGACGGUCUUCUCCAGCUUCGCCAUCGAGUCGCAGCUGGGAAACCUCCAGGACGUCAACGAUCUUUUCGUGUAUAUGAACGACGACAUGUAUUUCUUACGCGACCUCACUCCGGCCGAUUUUUAUACCUCUGCAUAUGGAUUCGUGUUCCGCCUUGUAUACUAUAUCCAAAUACCCCCAUCACUAGACCCCAAGCCUCAGCGCGGAGAAUGGCAAGCCCUGCGCGAGUCUAAUGUGCUCAUCGGCCAGCGAUUCGGUCCCUCAACACGACCGUAUCGCUCGCACAUGCCCAAGAUUAUGUCCGUCUCACUCUUGCAUGAGAUGGCCGAAACCUUCUCCGAAGCGUUCACACGUACGGGCUCUCGCCCGAUGCGCGCCGUAUGGCCACCUAGCGAAGGCGGCGACGUGCAUCCCGGCUUCAUGUUCGCUCACUAUAUUGUCGAACGAUGGCGUGAGGGACUGCUGUGGUCGUGGGCCGUCGCGAGAAUGGGCGGUGACGAUGACAGCUGGAACGCCGAUGAUGCUUGGCAAGAGCUGCGUGGCGGAGACGCCGAGACAUUAUGGAUUGGGAGGAUUGUGCGCGAAAGCUUGAGCGACGCCCUGCAACAACUAUGGCGAGCAGGAUACGAGAGCCCCGGAGCCUCGUUCUACUUCUUCAGUUCGCUUGACGGCUACCCGUAUUACUCCAUGCGUCAGACCGGCAGCCAGGAACACCCACAUCUCAUGGACCCCAACGUCUGCUCCAUCUCGCGCACGGAAUGUUUCCCUCCCGAAAUAACAAGCGCCAGCGAAGCCUUCGCGCACAUCGCCUUCAAGCGCCCGCAGUGCGGUGACUGCGUGAUCAAUCGGCUGGUACAGAACAGCGGGCGCCGCGGGCUCUCUGCUGUGCUUCCACCCUCGGGACGUACGUUUGCCGCGGCAUCCACGGGUUCAACGGCGACCACCCUGCCGAAAGUGCCACGCUGGGAAGACGGCGCCUUCGCAUUACGCGAUAUUCUCUCGCACUCGCCGGACUCCGAGGUCAUCGACGUGCGCGGUUGGGUCUUGCGGAUGUUGCAUCGGUACCGCUUCGUGUUGGCCGAUAGCCCGUACGAGUUUGUAUUCCUCGUGGACGACAAGAGCGCACAGGGUGCGGUGGAUCGGUUGCAAGGGCACGAUAAAGCCUUCGCGUGCAUGAACGACGAUGUGGAGAGCGACGACGAUGCAGUCGCCGUUGAGGCUAUCAUGAGGGAAUGGCAGGAUACGAGGUGGGGCGAGCCUGCUGGAUGGGAAGCGGCAUGA